CAGAAAGGACAGAUACUAAGCACAUGGAUUGGACGUUGGAAGGGAGUGUUCAAAGAACAGCGUCUCCAGGACUGUCUGGACAAGAAGGCACACAAGAGGGCAGAGGCAAAGACAGACUCUCUGAAAGCUUCCACCUUCUGCACAUCGAAGUGGAAUGGGAGCACCAAGAGGAAAGGGCCCAUGCCACAAGCAGUGCAACAUGGAGCUCGAAAAAUGCCCAGAGAAAACAGAGACACUGGGAAAAGAUAGUUGCAGCAAAGAAGAGCAAAAGAAAGCAAGAAAAACAAAGAAGAAAAGCUAAUCGUGUAGGAAAUCCAGGCACCUGCUCCCAGCACAGCAAGCGGUUUUUGAAAGCCUUAACCAAAGAGAAACUUUUGGGGCCCAAACGCUCAGGACCAAGACUGUGUGUCGACUUGAGUAUAACGUACCACAUGUCAGGGAAGGAGCUGAGCAGGCUCGCUGGACAGAUCCGAAGGUUGAAUGGUUCAAACAAGAAAGCCAUCGGGCCCUUUUGGAUCUGCCUCACUGGGUUCGCUACUGACAGUCCCCUCUAUGAAGAAUGUUUGAGGAUGAAUGACAGAUUUUCUACUUACCUCCUAGACAUGACAGAAGAAGACUGCAUCGAUUUAUUUCCUCUGGAAACCCUUGUGUACCUGACUCCUGGCUCAGAACAGGCUCUUGAAGACAUUGAUCUAAACAAAAUAUACAUCCUCGGUGGACUUGUAGAUGAAAGCAUUCAGAAGAAGGUGACAUUUCAAAAGGCUCGAGAAUACUGUGUCCAGACAGCCCAUUUGCCAAUACAGGAAUUCAUGGUGAAGCAGCAGAAUAAGAAGAAUUAUCAUUCAGAAAUAUUGGCCAUUAAUCAAGUGUUUGAUAUCUUGUCCACUUACUUUGAGACUCAGAACUGGCCUGAAGCACUGAAGAAAGGAGUGUCUUCAGGAAAAGGAUAUGUCCUUCGAAAUUCAGUGGAAUGACAGACAGCCUAUUGCACCAUGGGAGAGAAAG